AUGCCGAGCAAGCGUCAUACUCACCGCCGCCGGCCAUCCUGGAAGGCAGACUCUAAUCCCGUGUUGAUUCGAGUUGGCAGCAGACGCAGUCCACAGAAGUAUCACGAAAUCCAGGCCAUCAGCUCACGAGAUGCCGGUCGCUUUGCCCGUACUGUCGGCGAUCAAGUACGCGCUUGUCCAAAGGACCCACUGGUGAUUUCUGUGAACGGCUUCCAACCGUGGCUCGGCGACGUGAUACACUCYUGCAUUWCUGAAUGUUGGUCAGAAAUCUCGGAUCUGGACAGAGCGGUACAGUACGGAAACACGCUACAAUUUCCUGAGAAGGCGAGCAAGCGAGGGAAAUGGGUACCGUGGACCUUCAUCGUUGAGCACAUGAAUGUCCCUCAAGUUUACUACUGGUCUGUGGGCCUAGAUCCCCCCUGGGAAGAGGAUCUGGGUAUACCAACCAUCGAGAGCUCCCGUGUUCGUACCGGGGUCUGGUUCUGCGGGAAAGGUGCUUGUAUGUUCGACCGACAAGUCUCUGUGACAAUCAUCAUUACUCGCUCGACACAAGUCUGCGAACACAUUGUGACGAAGCUCUUGUUCGAUUACCUCUGGCGAGAUGACGAGUUCGAUCAGCCCCGCCAGGAUGAAGAGGGCAUCUGUUGGACGUUCUCUCGGUUGUACUACCUCAUUACCGAUUGGCAGAACAUCAUAGGAGAAGUUCUUGGCCGAUUGGAUGAGGCAGAGCACAACUCGCAUCGGCGUCGUUAUCCGGUGAAAAUUCGAACGCGGCGCAUGCACAUGGAAGUCGAUCGGAUUUAUGAGCAAAAGAAGUACCUGCAAUUCCAGAUGAGGGCUUUCRAAAAGUUGCAACGGCUUCAAGGAGAUGUCCCCAAGAAUGAGCAGAACGAUCCACUGUGGGGCGACAUGGUGGAUGCAAUCGAGGAUCUGGAACAAUUCGACAACACGCUCGACGGCCUCAAAGAUCGCUUCAACAAUCUCAUUGAGCUGGAAUUCAACAUCACCAAUACAGUCCAGGCUGAGAACUCAGCGUUCUUGACCGCCGUCGCCUCGCUGUUCCUGCCCGUGGACUUCCUUGCCUCCCUUUUCGGAAUGACUACAAUAACAUGGCCUGCCAUGUGGUUCUUUUAUGCUGCGAUGCCCAUCUUUGUUUUGAGCGUAGCGUUCACAGCAAUCUAUCCAUGGGCCCGUCGCCGCGCACAGGAAGUGUUCUACCGUAUGGAGGAACGAAGUCUCCGUCUUCGGCCAGGUAAUUUCACCAUGUUGGGAGACGAGCUUCCAAAUAACGUCGACAUGCCCAAUGGUAGCGGCGAAGGCGCAGUUGUGCGUCAGCCAGGUUCUACGUCCAGGUCGCGCUCACCGUGGAGGCGCUCGUCAUCAAGAAGAGAUCGGGAGAAGGAAGGUUGGUGA